AUGACAGUUCCAACACCGGAAAUCACCCUCAAAUGGUCUUCCGUUUUUAGAGUGGCGGACAGAAGUAACAAAACACUCCCCGGCGACAAAAUCCUUCUUCCUCAGUCAGCCCUUGAGCAGCUCCUCGCCGUAUCGACGGUGACUGUCACCUCAAACGUCCGACAAACUAAUUCGGCCUUCGACCCAUUCAAUCCAUACUCCCUUGCCGCAGCACGAGCAGAACAAUCUCAAUGGCGAGACACGCAGCAACAGCUUCCACACCCGCUGACCUUUCGGUUGGUAAAUACGGAGAACGGGAAUGUGGUAUAUGCCGGCAUACGGGAAUUCUCAGCCGUGGAGGGGGAGGUGGAAUUGAGCCCAUUUCUAUUAGAGGCGCUGGGAAUUUCAAUCCCUCCGCCGAAAUCGCAGUCAAAACCUGCCUCCGUACACUCGAGUGAUUCCGGAUUGCCAGACCAGCCCAUCGACCUUACCAACGCCGACGAUGACAACGUACCGCGGGUCACCAUACAUGCGCAGCAACUCCCGAAGGGUACCUAUGUCAGGCUUCGGCCGCUGGAAGCGGGGUAUAAUCCGGAAGAUUGGAAAGCAUUGUUGGAACGGCAUAUGCGGGAGAAUUUCACCACUUUGACAAAUGGGGGCAUCUUGACAGUUCGUGGAUCAAAGACUGAGGAAUUCCGCUUUCUGAUUGACAAGAUCACUCCCGAUGGGGACGGAAUAUGUGUUGUCGAUACAGAUUUAGAGGUGGAUAUCGAGGCUCUGAAUGAAGAGCAGGCACGGGAAACGCUCAAACAGAUUAUGGCAAAAGCACAGAAAGCUCCGGGAACAUCAGAAGGCACAUCUGUCGGCGGAGAUUUGAAUCUAUGGAAUCCAACCAUAGGGCAGGUAUUGGAUGGCGAUUAUGUUGAUUACCAACUUCCGUCUUGGGACCGCUCGCAGGCCAUUGAUAUCGAGUUAUCUACUGAGGAUGGGGAGAAUCUUCAGUUAUUUGCUAGUCCCUUUUCACCGCGCCAACGAGCAAGGCCACGACGUGAUGAGCAUGUUCUUGCAGAUUUCAGCUCUCAGACAUCAAGGAAUAUUACUAUCCAACCUUCCAAUAUUGAAUUAGAAAAUGCAGAAGCAUUGUUUAUUUCUGUGCAUGCUAGCGCGAACGCCGAUAGUGAAACUCCCAGACUUCACAAGUUCUCGCUUCGAUCACAAUCAAUACCCAAAAACAAUAGCUUUGGGUCUUCUUCCAAUCCAGUCGCGAUCGACGAAGACGAAGACACGAAAAUGCAUGGGCCAGAUGAGGAACAAUGCAAAAACUGCCACCAGUGGGUUCCCAAGCGAACGAUGAUGCUCCACGAAAACUUCUGUCUCCGGAAUAAUAUCAUAUGCCCACACUGCUCGAAUGUUUUCCAGAAGAAAUCCGAAGAGUGGGAAAAUCACUGGCAUUGCCCAUAUGAUUCCCAGCAUGGCAACACCCCUUCGAGCAAAUCAAGGCAUGAUGAUAUAUAUCAUAAACCCCACCAAUGUCCAGGCUGUCCUUAUGAAGCGCCUAGUCUCAUGGAUUUAGCUAGGCACAGGACAUCUGUUUGCCCCGGCAAGUUGAUUUUAUGCCAAUUCUGCCACCUCGAGGUUCCCCAGGAAGGCGACCCUUUCGACCCGUCUCCAGAAUCCCUUAUUUCUGGCCUCACGGCGCACGAAUUAGCCGAUGGUGCAAGAACAACUGACUGCCAUCUCUGCUCUAAAAUUGUUCGGUUACGCGACAUGGCUACCCAUCUUCGCCAUCAUGAGCUCGAGAAAUCCACUCGCUCUAUACCGGAGAUCUGCCGCAAUGAGAACUGCGGACGUACACUUCAUGGAGUGGGCAAAAACGGAGAAAUUGGCGCCGCUAGCCGGAUGGGUCAAGGGCCUGGAAACGAUCUCGGGUUAUGCAGCAUUUGUUUCGGGCCGUUAUACGUCAGUAUGCAUGACCCGGAGGGCAAAGCUUUGAAAAGACGCGUUGAGCGGAGAUAUUUGGCCCAGCUCAUCAAGGGCUGUGGCCAAGCUUCUUGCACUAAUGAGUGGUGCAAGACGGCGAAGGCCAAAACUGGAAAAGGAAGUAGUGCAUUAUCUACGCAGGAGGCAUUACCGAUGGUGAAACCCUUGAUGGAAAGUUAUGGUGAUCGGACCUCGCCGAUGUACUUUUGCGUGGAUAGUACCAGCCAGAAGCGGAGGAAGUUGGCGGAAAUUCUGGCCGCGGAGAAGAAUUUUGAUUUUGAAUGGUGCAUAGCUGCUUGUGAAGCAGAGACGGGAAAUCUCGACGCCGCCCGACAAUGGCUCCAGAACUGGGCGCCAAGAAUGCGAUGA